AUCCCAUUCCACUUGCCAUUCCAACUGUAGCAAGUCCGCCAAACGUCGUCACUACACAGAGAAAGCAUACUACGUAGCAAGCGCUUAUUUCCCACGCUCUAUCUAUCGCUACGUCAACUCGUCUCAGCGCAACCCAACCUUCUUCGUCUGUUUCUUGCACUUCGCCACUCGACGGGGCCCGCUGCGAGAUCGCCCCCGCCACCUCCAGCCCACACGACCUCUUUCCUUUCGCGCAUUCUCCGACGAGUCUGAGCAUUCCUUCAUUCACCCUUAUUGUAGCCACACCCUUUCCCCACCCACCCCACGACAAUGUCAUCAAAGGUCACCCUACCGCCCGGCCUGGCCAAGCUCGUCGUGCAAUAUGCCCAACACAGAAGCGCUAUAACGCGCGGUGGUUGGACCCUCGCCUUCCUAUUCCUAGCAAUCCGCGUCCGCUCCGCACUCACAAAACAAAAGCCAAAAACCGGUCCAGCCGCAGCUCAGGAGGUGGAGCAACGUCGGAGCAGGAAGGGAAAGAAAGGUGGGGGCCCAAGGGCGGAUGUCGACGCGGUAUUCUUCAAGCGGUUCGGGAAGCUCCUGCGCAUCAUCAUCCCGGGAGUCUCCAGCAAGGAGUUUUGGCUCCUCAACACCUUCUCAGGUUUCCUGCUCGGAAGGACGCUCCUGUCGCUGUACAUUGCAGACCUCGAUGGAAAAAUCGUCAGCGCCCUCGUCCGCGGCCAAGGACGCCAGUUCCUGCUGUACAUCGUAUACUGGAUGGCCGUAGCCGUGCCCGCAACCUACACCAACAGCAUGCUCACCUUCCUGCAAAACAAGCUGGCCAUCGCUUUCCGAACCCGCUUGACCAACCACAUCCAUGACCAGUACCUCGCAGACAUGACCUUCUACAAGGUCGGGAACCUCGAUGACCGCAUCAAGAACGCCGACCAGCUCAUCACACAGGACGUGAGCAAGUUCUGCUUUGCCGUGUCGGAGCUGUACGCGAAUCUCAGCAAACCCACCCUGGACACCCUACUCUACAACUGGCAGCUCGCGAGGAACGUCGGCGGCGAAGGCAUCUUUGGCCUUACAGCCGUCGUCCAGAGCUCCGCGUGGGUACUCCGCGUGCUCACCCCGCACUUUGGAAAAAUGGUCGCUGAGGAGCAACGUCUCGAGGGCGAGUUCCGCUUCACCCAUUCCCGCCUUAUCGAAAACGCGGAAGAGAUCGCACUUUACGGCGGCCACGCCGUCGAAAAGGGCAACCUCGACCAGAACUACUUCAACCUCAUCCGCCACGUCAACCGCAUCUUCAAGACCCGCAUCUGGCACGGAAUGCUCGAGGACUUUGUCAUCAAAUACGUGUGGGGCGCUAUGGGCAUGGCCAUUUGCGGCAUUCCGGCUUUCUUUGAGUUGCCGGGAACCGAUGGGAGCAGUGAUGUGGGCAGUCGGACGCAAGGGUUUGUCACUAACCGGCGUUUGUUGCUCAGUUCGGCCGAUGCUUUCGGUCGCAUCAUGUACUCGUACAAAGAGAUCUCAGAACUAGCCGGCUACACCGCGCGCGUCUCUGAGCUCACCACUGUCUUUGAAGACCUGCGCGCCGGCAAGUUCCAAAAAACCCUCACCUCCAACGCCGACGUCAACACUCUCAAACACCGCGGAAGCCUCGUCGAAGGUGAAAACAUCGAAUUCACAAACGUCCCCAUCGUCUCCCCCAACGGCGACGUCCUCGUCAAAGCCCUCACCUUCCACGUCCACCCCGGAAUGCACCUCCUCAUCGUCGGCCCCAACGGCUCUGGCAAAUCCUCCCUCUUCCGCAUCCUCGGCGGCCUGUGGCCCGUGUACGGCGGCACCGUCGAGAAACCGCACUACAAGAAGGUCUUUUACAUCCCGCAACGCCCUUACUUAUCCAUGGGCACCCUCCGCGACCAGAUCAUCUACCCGGACACGCACGCCGAGAUGCUCGCCAAAAACACCACCGACGCCGAUCUACAAGCCAUCCUCUCCGUCGUCCAAAUCGGACCCAUCGUCGACCGCGAAGGCGGCUGGGACGCCGAAAAGGACUGGAAGGACGUGCUGGCCGGCGGUGACAAGCAGCGUAUCGCCAUGGCGCGGCUGUUCUACCAUAAGCCCCGCUACGCCAUCCUCGACGAAUGCACGUCCUCGGUCUCCAUGGACAUUGAGCGGAUCAUGUACACCCACGCCCAAUCCCUCGGCAUCUCCCUGAUAACCGUGUCCCACCGCCCGAGUCUGUGGAAAUACCAUAACUGGAUCCUGCAGUAUGACGGGCAGGGCGGGUAUGUUUUCACGAAAUUGGAUGCGGAACGGAGGUUGGCGUUGCAGGAGGAGAAGAAUUUGUUGGAGCAGAGGUUGAUUGAGGUGCCCAAGACGGAGAAGCGGUUGAGGGAGCUGAGGGAGGUUUUUAGGGCGACGCCGGCGGGGUCCAGGCCGGAGAGUGAGGGGUCGAGUGAGGGGGAUGAAGGGACGGAUUAG